AUGGCUGCCCCUCAAGGUCCCUAUGAGCUUGUUUUUGGUGUCACAAACAUCAAAUCUCACAUCCCGCUCAUCCUAGACCUCGACGACCACAACUAUGAUGCCUGGAGAGAGCUUUUCCUCACUCAUUGCCUAACAUUUGAUGUCCUCUGGCACAUCGAUGGGACUCUAUGUCCGACUAAUGCAAACGAUGCUGCUUGGUACAAGCGUGAUGGCUUGGUCAAACUCUGGAUUUACGGCACUCUAGCACCAGAUUUGUUUCGCUCUUCCUUUAAAACUGGUGGGACAUCUCGUAAUGUUUGGAUUCGUGUUGAAAAUCAAUUACGCAACAACAAGGAGGCGAGGGCUAUUCAGCUGGACAACGAGCUUCGCACCAUGGUCAUUGGUGACCGUUCAAUUCAGGAGUACUGUCAGAAAAUCAAAUCCCUCGCCGACCUACUUACCAAUGUCGAGGCCCUAGUAAAUGAACGCCACUUGGUCAUGUACAUGCUGAAUGGACUUAAUGAAAAGUUUGAUUACAUAAUCAAUGUUAUCAAACACAAGGACCCGUUCCCUACCUUUGAAAUGGCGAAAUCGAUGCUGGAACUUGAGGAAUCUCGCCUAAAAAAAUCCCAACGCCUCGUAUCCACACAUACUGAUCAUUCGUCCUCAACAACGGCUCUCACCAUCUCAGCCCCACCUUCGGAGCCUCGUCCUUCAUCUCAAGCAAAUCCACGACAGCAGUUUGGAAAAAACAGAGGUAAUCGCCGGAACAAUCAAACAAGAGGAGGUGGUCGACACAACUAUCAAUCAAGACCUAAUUUUCCUAAUUGGGCCACACCACCUUUUUGGCAAGGCCUGUUCCCGUCUUGGCCCAACUACUAUGGGCAAUGGCCACAACAACAAUACAGACAGUCGUUCCCGACCUCUCCGGCUCCGUCGUACCAGCAAGCUCACCUUACUGAACUCCCUCCAGCAACUCUGAUGACGGCGAGUAUCUCGGACCCAAAUGCUUAUCCAUGGAUCAUGGAUACAGGUGCGACGGCUCAUCUCUCCUCCACACCAGGACCUUCAAACACGGAGGAUUCUGCUCCGCUGUGA